ACAGCCAAAUAUUGCUCUAGAAGUCAUACAUGUGGUCAGUUACGCAAAGAAGAUGCAGGACAGGAAGUAAAAUUAUACGGAUGGGUUCGCCAUAUUAGGCGAUUUGUCAAUGGUCCAUUCUUUUUAACUUUGCAUGACGCUUAUGGCAGCACUCAGCUCUUCGUCAAGAAAACUUCCCCAGUUUACAAUAUACUUGAAAAACUGUCGGUGGAGAGUGUGAUUGGUAUCACUGGAACUGUCAAUGCAAGACCUGAAAAUAUGAUUAAUAAGGAUAUGCCUACCGGAGAAAUUGAAGUAGUUGUUGACAACGUAAAUAUUGUCAACCAAGCUGAAGAACUACCAAUUCAAGUAUCCGAUAAAGGAUACAAGGCAAAGGAUGAGCUUAAAUUACAGUAUAGAUACGUCGACUUACGGUCUUCGAAUUUGCAACAGAAUUUGAGAUUAAGGUCCAAUAUCGUCAUGGCAAUGCGAAAAUUUCUAAUUGAUCGAGCAGGUUUUGCUGAAGUUGAAACUCCGACAUUGUUUAAAAGGACACCAGAAGGUGCUAGAGAAUUUUUAGUUCCUACCAGGCAGCCUGAAUUAUUCUAUACUUUAGUUCAAAGCCCGCAACAGUUCAAACAACUUCUCAUGGUUGGGGGAUUAGAUCGAUAUUUUCAGUUCGCAAGGUGUUACCGUGAUGAGGAUUCUAGAGCUGAUAGACAGCCAGAAUUUACUCAGCUUGACUUGGAGAUGUCAUUCGUUAAUCAGUAUGACAUUCAAAGUCUUAUUGAAGAUAUGAUUCACGAUAUUUGGCCCAUUACUGGACAUAAGCUCUCGACACCAAUUCCAUUUCCUAGAAUGUCGUUUGCCGAUGCAGUUACAAAGUAUGGCUCCGAUAAGCCGGACGUAAGAUUUGAUAUGAAGAUCCACGAUAUUACCGAAGCAGUUGGUUAUUUAUUUGAUGUUGACUCUAGUAGUAAGGCAACUGUUAAAGCGUCGAUGAUAGUUAUACCUGGUGGUGAGAACAAGGAGUUAAACCAAAUUCAUGAUUUCGUUGACAAAAAUGACACAGGGAAAAUUACUAUGUUGCGUAUACGGGAAGAUGGUAGUUGGAAAGGUAAUAUCUCAUCUGAUUUCCAACUCAAGUUGAAGUCCCAGUUACAAAAUGAAAAAGCAAUCAAACCUGGAGAUUUGGUUAUUUUAUCUGCUGGAGUAAACUAUAAACCUAAUCUUUUGUUAGGUAAGCUGCGUUUGUUUUGUGCUGAUUUAUUGGAAGCAAAAGGCAUCCAACUCCGGGAUCCCAACGAAUUUAAAUUUUUAUGGGUUGAAGAUUUUCCACUUUUUACACUUAAUGAUGAAUCAGACUCUAUGAUUGAAUCCACACAUCACCCCUUUACCGCACCAGUAGCAGAGGACGUCAAUAUUCUGUUUACCGAUCCCUUAAAGGUUAGUUCUGCUAUUUACCUAUGCACUCAUAAUGUAAUUUUAAUAGCCAGUCUAUCAGUACUGGGACAACAUUAUGAUCUCGUGCUUAAUGGUAAUGAAGUUGGCGGAGGAUCUAUUCGAGUUCACGAUUUCAAUCUGCAAACUCAAAUUUUUGAAAAGAUAUUAAAGGUCAAUGCCUCUCAAUUUAAACACCUGUUAAAGGGCCUUAAAUCCGGAUGUCCACCCCAUGGAGGAAUAGCAUUAGGGUUUGAUCGUUUUAUGGCUGUUCUGUGCAACUCAAGCAGUCUACGGGAUGUAAUUGCGUUUCCUAAAUCUGCAUCUGGUAAAGAUUUAUUGACUGAGGCUCCAUCUACUGUUAGCAAUGAAUAUCUCUCAGAAUAUCAUAUCCGUAGUCUUUCGCUAAAAACAGACUAA